AUGUCCUGCCAGCAGAACCAGCAGCAGUGCCAGCCUCCCCCCAAGUGCCCCUCACCCAAGUGCCCCCCAAAGAGCUCAGCACAGUGUCUGCCUCCAGCCUCCUCCUGUUGUGCUCCAAGCCCUGGGGGCUGUGGUGGCCCCAGCUCUGAGGGCGGCUGCUGCCUGAGCCACCACAGACGCCACAGGUCCCACCGAUGCCGGCGCCAGAGCUCCAACUCCUGUGACAGGGCCAGUGGUCAGCAAGACGGCGCCUCCGGCUGUGGCUGUGGCUCUGGAGGCUGCUGCUGACCUAAUUCCUGAUGCUGAGACAAGUGA